AGAGGAGUGAGUAAGGAAGGAAAGGAGAGGAGGGAGGGAGGAGAUCGGAUGCAGUAGCGCCGCCACUCCAUGUCCAAACUCUGCGCACGCGAUACACUCAAAGCUCCACGCGCUGCUGGGAAGGAAAGACGCACGCUCGCUCGCACGCACCCAGACUAUUCAUUUUUUUUUAUUCAACCUUAGGUAUAUUUUGAAUACAAGAAAGAGGGAUAAGAAGAAGAAGAAGAAGAAGAAGAAGAAGGCGACGAUGCAGUUUCACCCGCGUCCCUAUGUGCGCUGGAGAGCCGCGCAGAUUCUCGCCUCGGUUUGUCUUCUGUCCUUUGGAUUCACCUGCACCGGAGCGGAACACACGGCGACAGUGACGCAUCCGCUCCCCGCCACCUUCUCGGACCUGCUGCCCCACUUCCUGGUGGAGCCGGAUGACGUCUACAUCGUGAAGAACAAGCCAGUGACGUUGACCUGCCGUUCGACGCCCGCCACUCAGAUCUACUUCAAGUGUAACGGAGAGUGGGUGCACCAGGACGACCAUUUGAUCGAGCGCACCGUCGAUCCAGCUACAGGUUUCCCAGUGAUGCAGGUGAAGAUUGACAUCUCACGCCAGCAGGUGGAGAAGAUCUUCGGGCUGGAGACUUACUGGUGCCAGUGUGUGGCCUGGAGCACUACAGGAACCCAGAAGAGCCAAAAGGCUUAUGUGCGCCUCGCCUAUCUGAGGAAAAAUUUUGAGGAGGAGCCACUGGGUAAAGAAGUGGCUCUCAACCAGGAAGUGCUUCUCCACUGCCAUCCUCCAGAGGGCGUCCCCACUGCUGAGGUGGAAUGGCAGAGGAACGACGAGUUGAUCGACCCCAAGGCUGACCCCAAUUUCUUCAUCACAGUGGACCAUAAUCUCAUCAUCAAACAAGCCCGGUUGGCCGACACCGGCAACUACACCUGCGUGGCCAAGAACAUUGUGGCGCGACGCAAAAGCUCCUCGGCCGCUGUGAUUGUCUACGUGAAUGGCGGGUGGUCCACGUGGGCCACGUGGUCGGCGUGCAGCGCCGUGUGCGGCCGCGGCUGGCAGAAGAGGAGUCGGAGCUGCACUAACCCCACCCCCCUGAACGGAGGCUCCGCCUGCGAGGGCCAGAGCGUCCAGACGAGUGCCUGCACGUCCACCUGUCCAGUGGAUGGAGGCUGGAGCGAGUGGAGUAAAUGGUCAGCAUGUGGGGCUGACUGCACCAUGUGGAGGAGUAGGGAGUGCACGCAGCCUGCACCGGGUACCGGCGGUAAAGCAUGCCAGGGUCUCGACCUCCAGUCACUAAACUGUACGAGCGAACAGUGCCCACAGACCGUGUCUGGUGCAGAGGACGUGGCUCUCUACGUGGGAAUCGUUGCCGUGGCGCUGUGUCUCACUCUGCUGCUAGUGGUCCUGGUCCUCGUGUAUCGGAGGAAGAAGGAAGGGCUGGACGCAGACGUAGCCGACUCGUCCAUCCUCACGACCGGCUUCCAGCCUGUGGGCAUCAAACCCGCCAUGCCAGGUGUGUGGGCACCGGACCGGGCACAGCGCUGCAAAAACUCUCACCUGCUCACGAUCCAGCCGGACCUGACCACACCCGGUUACCAAGGCUCGUUGCGGACGCGUCACGAUCCGACUCCUAAAUUCUCUCUGAGCGAUGGGCCACUGCUGGAGCCUCUGGCUAACGGAUCACACACCAUGGCCAACGGCAAAGUGACGGGCGACAGCGGACACCUCACCAGCCGGCUAACCGCACAGAGCUACUUCAAGACGCUGCCGCGGGACGCUGUCCACACCUCCUACGGCACCUUCAACUUCCUGGGAGGACGUCUUACCAUCCCCAACACGGGGAUCAGCCUGCUCAUUCCUCCCGAGGCCAUCCCCCGAGGCAAGAUCUAUGAGAUUUACCUCACUGUGCAAAGGAAGGACGAUGUGAGACUACCCCUGGCUGGGUGCCAGACACUGCUGAGUCCGGUGGUGAGCUGCGGGCCGCCGGGCGUCCUGCUGACUCGGCCCGUCAUCAUCAGCGUGGAGCACUGCUCUGAUUCCUGCACCGAUCACUGGGCCAUCAGGCUGAAGAAACAAACCUAUGAGGGAACCUGGGAGGACGUGCUGCUGCUUGGCGAGGAGUUGGUGUCUGAACCGUUUUACUGCCAGCUGGAGGCCGAAACAUGCCGUGUGUUCACCGAGCAGCUUGGACGCUUUGCAUUGGUCGGAGAGUCCCUCAGCAUGGCCGCAGCCAAACGCCUCAAACUGCUGCUGUUUGCCCCGGCCUACUGUUCCACGCUCGAAUACACCAUCCGUGUCUACUGCACUGAUGACACACAUGACCUCAUCCAGGAGGUGAUGCAGAUGGAGGCACAGCUUGGAGGUCGCCUCAUUGACGAGCCACAUGUUCUCCUGUUUAAAGACAGCUACCAUAACCUGCGUCUCUCCAUCCAUGACCUCCCACAGGCCCAGUGGAGGAGCAAGCUGCUCACUGCCUACCAGGAGAUCCCGUUCUAUCACAUCUGGAGCGGCACACAGCGGAGUUUGCACUGCGCCUUCACGCUGGAGCGGAUGAGUGUGAGCACGUGCGAGCUCUCCUGCACGCUGUGUGUGUGGCAGGUGGAGGGUGAAGGCCAGAGCUUCAGCCUCGACUUCAACAUCUCCAAGGACACCAGACCACUGGAUGCUGAGCUCCUGCUGGUGGAUAAGAGCAGCCCUGCUCUGGCCGGCCCUAGCGCCUUUCAGAUCCCCUACCUCAUCCGGCAGAAGAUCUGCAGCAGUCUGGAUGCGUCAUGCCCCAACGGAGCCGACUGGAGACUCCUCGCCCAGAGACUCAAACUCGACAGACACAUGAGCUUCUUCGCGUCCAAAGCGAGUCCCACGUCUACGAUCCUGGACCUCUGGGAGGCUCAGCACUUCCACAGCGGCAACCUGAACCAGCUCGCCGCCAUCAUGGCCGAGAUCGGCAAACAGGAGGCCAUGAUAUUCCUGGUGUCCGACGGGGAGUGCUAACACAUCCACACACACACACACACACACAGAAUCAGAGCCAGGAAUAAAGGCCUCUAAAUGCUGGGGGUCGAUAAGGUUUAAUAAUAGAAGGACUAAUCUAACAGGGUUUAGCCACCAGUUAGGUGUGCUGUGACUAUAAAUACACUAAACACACACACAAACUACAUUUACGAUCAGCAACGAUGUAUAGAACUCACGUUUUGGCCCUGUCUUGAUUCACGCUUUUUUAAUUGAUGGUAGCGUAUCCACACUUCUGUCUGAUUUCUUUAUUUUUUGUUUACAGGAAUUCGAAAAUAAUCAAAAAUCAUGAUCGGAAUUAUAUACGAAGGCAACUCAGAAGUCAGGACACAGCUAGGACAGGGGUGGACAAACCAGUAGCACCAGUAGACUCCCAGGAGAAAGAGAUUUUGUGUAUUUUUUUAUUCGUAGUUACCCAGAGACAAACAGAUCGAUCAACCAGGAAGAGGAAAUGAACUGUACUCCGUAUCGACGUACACAAAAACGAGUUUAUUUUGCUACGCAGCCACGUUUAACCUUAGACAACUUUAGUCCACGCUACUUGUUCGGAAUCUCAAUCCGAAUGAUACCUCACUUCGCAGGUGAACGUGUCAAGAGAACGUAAACAUGCUAGCAAGACUUGAAUAAUAGAUUUCACGUGCGAUCUGAGGACGGAAAACCGCGUGUCGUAUCCAGAACGUUCGCCAAAAAACUUCGGUCAAGACGAUGAAAAAACACGAUGUUCGUGAAAAUCUCGUCCAAUCGUAGAAUCUCCUUCGUUUCCCUUCACGUAACUAGCAAACGAGCUCGUCAAAUGUUAUCCCAUUUGCCUCAGCUACCACUUUUUAAAACAUCGGACUGGACGUCUGCACAUUCCGACUUCCGCUGGCUAGCCAACAGGUUUACGAUUUGUCCGCCCCUGUACCAUGAAUUCCUUAAAGAAAUCGGAGGAAAUUGCGCUUGCAAAAUUUUUCGUGUUGCCGUUGAGACGGUCGUUCUCAUUUUGUAAACGUGUGGCGUACAGCAAUAUGCAAAUGCAAAGGGUUCACAGUGCCACAGUCGGAAGGUACAAUAAGGUUCUUUAUUGAAGGUAUAAACAAGAUUUCCCAUUUAAACAGGAAGAACUUUUAAACUUAGUAUGACAGAGAAGUAGAGAGAGAGGGGUAUGAAAAGGAGUUUUGAAGGCAGCCGUGCUGCUUUAAUGCGACCACCAGCGUGUCAGUAGCCUGAUUGUCGCUCAAAUAUAACAACUAAAUAGCAAAAAAAAUUCUAAAGAUGGUAUCAGUUAUAUAUUAUCAUAACCAGCGGAAACAGAUCAAACCGUAAGAAGCGUGUCUUUGUGUGCAAGGUGUCAGCUUUUCUUUUCCCUUCGACCCACUUCAGGCACCGGAACACGGCUGCACUGCUUUUCCAAAGCCAUAAACAAAAAUCCCCAAAUGCAUGGAUGAUGAAUAAUAUGGUCCUGAUACGUGCGGGGGAAUAGAGUGAACAUGCGCAGGAUCUUAGUGAGACGUAGCUAAUAGAGAAUAGAGGUUUCAGUAUGAUGUUGCUCAAUGUUUUCAGGGAAAUCUUUUUUUUUUUUUUUUUUUUUUUUUUAAACCACAACAUAUAAUUUGAUCAUUUUUUAAAUAAAGAACGCUCUAAAAUAGAGAGGAAUUUAGUAUAAAAUGCAAUACUUUUGUUUUAAAAAAAAUAUUUUCCAAUCAAAUGUUGAUCAUAUUUGUUAGCAAAACCUUUUGGCUUUAGGGCAUUCUGCGAUUCUUUUCAUUCCCAAAUCAGAGACAAAAAAAAGAGUAUCGGGAAGCUUGAUUGAGAAUCGUGAAGCCGUGUAGCAGCCAAAAAAAAGUCAACCCUGUAAUAAAUCAAUCACACAAUCAAAUUACAAUAAUAUCCCAGAGCUUAUCAAGCAAGACGUUAUCUUCUCAGGCUGCUUUCACACGUUCCACACUAUUUUAAGGCGUGUUACUUUUGUGUUAUCACAAUAUCGGCACUGAAACCUAUCCGACAAGGCUAGUUUCCCGCAGCAGUUUGUCCUCCGGGUUCGUUUCGUGUCCGAAAGAAAUCGAACAUUCAUUUUCUACUUUAGAAACGUCCCACUUUUUUUAAAGUGAAACCAUGAAAGCAGCCGCAACGAUGCAACUUAUCCCAAGAACACGUUCACGUACGACAGCGAUUGGGAAUCAGGACGGUUUUAAAAGAGCAGUUUGUGGACGAAAAACAAAAAUCCUCAUACGUAACAGAUUCUAUAAACAAGUUUGAUGUUUAUAUAUAUUUAUAGUCCGUACAGGAUCUUUCCCCUGGAAAACGACUUGAACUGCGAAAUCGCUAUUGUAUAAAAUCGUUUCGAAGGUGUUUGUUGGUAAACGAGACCUUUUAGCUGUACUCAUGUUCGGCGCAUGUGAAUCCAAGAGGGUUUUGCAUCACGGAUGCACGUUGUGAUGACAUCACAUGCCACGUCUCGUCCCAAAUCUGCGGAAAAUCUGCGGUAAUUUUGAAAAAUUGCAAGCUCCUCUGAAUAUUGUGGAGUUUGUGUGUCCAUUUCUAUGAUCGUGAAAUCCUGGAGGAACUGAUUAUUCGCUUUUGCUGCCAUGUGACCACCCGUUAGCAUGCUAACAUCGAACACAUCAGAAAUAUAUUUAUUACAGCAAAUAUUAUUUUGUUACUUGUUAGCUACAUUAGACUUCUCACAACAUUUUAACUGAUCAGCUACGUUUGGAAUGGGAAUACAAUUUCUCCCCAAACUGCUCCUUUAACCUGGGAUUAAUGAACGAUUAAUGAGCUCCAGAAUUCAGCACUAUGUUCAGCUGUAUGUAUUAUAAUACGGUGUCGAGCUUUCAGUGGGACCACAUGGUUUUGAAAGGGUUCCAUUUCUUUUUUUCCCCCCUUUCAUCUAUACAAUUAACGUUGUAUAUACAAAUCUUUUUCUAUUCCAGUUGCGAUGCUGGCGCUACACCUACACAUCUCUGGAAGUCGGUUAACCAAAGUUUAUGAGCCAUUUGAGACGAGUUUCUUUCCUUUAACGUCGUCGCAUUAAAACGUUCCUCAGACCGUCAGUACGAAGCCGUCCAAUCAGAACGAUGUAAAUUUCAAACUGUGCAGCAUUUUAAUAAAAACGAGCAUUUCACCAGAAACACAGUUGAACUCUGUCAUCUAGGAAGUACAUGUAAAUGAUAUUUUAAUAUCAAGCAAAAAGAAAAAAAAGGAAAAAAAAAACAAAAAACAAAAAACAAGGUUACAUUUGUCCAAGUUUGACCCGUGAAGUGUUUGGUGCAUCGUUCAUCAAUUACAGCAUUAUGUUUUUCAGAAUUAUUGCAGUGUUUUUUUGUUUGGGUUUUUUUUUUCGUCCUGAAGUUGUUUGUAAAAUGGAUGAGGUGUUUUUUUUUAGUAUAUAUAUAUAAAAAAAAACAACAAAAAAAAACAGUAAAAAUGUAUUUUCUAAAUCGAAACAUGUCAUUUUGUGUCCCCGUCAUGAAUGUGUGCUUAAAUGUUAACAUUUUUCCUCAUCUCACAAACGUAAAAAAAGAAAGGAAAAAAAAAAAAAAAGAAAGGCACUUUUUUUUGCCAAAAAAAGCCAACUUUGGACGUGACGUCAGAUCCAAUUCCCCACGAUUGUACAUUGAGUCGAUCUCACUGAUAGCUGUUCUGUAUAAAAGAAUGUGUGUGAGUGUACUGUUACUUUUACCCAGCUCUUUAUUUUCCGACUAAAAACAGUAGACUUGUGUACCUGUGAAUGUUCUUUCGAUUUCUUAAAUUCUCAAUGUUCCUUGCCUUUCUGCAAGUCAGAAUGCUGUAUUUAACACGCCACAGCGCUUAUGCAAUUGUACAAUUCUUUUUUUAAACCAUAUUUUGAAGGCAUUUUUUGUAUUUGCGUUUGUUAUUUCUCUCUCAAAUCCCCCCCUCCCCUCCCCUCCCGUCAACGUAAAUUGUCGUCGAUGACUCUGUGCUAACAGGAAGCCCUUGUGACGGAGGGUUUUUCUCUACUUUUGGACAAUGAUAUGGAUUUGUGGGUAGAAUUUUGGAAAUUCGUUUCUAAGUGCUUUCAAGUAUUUACUUGGCCUUAUGUAUAUAUAUAUCUAUGAAAUUUCAGAAAGGUAUGUAUAGUAAUUCAACCUGAAAAUGUAUGUAAAUAAAUUAUAUAUUGUUAAAAACA